AUGGUUUCAAAAGAACUUACUACAGCACUUCUCAUACUUGCAGGACUGUUUCAAGUCAUUGCAGUAGUGACAUUUGAUAAAGUGUCUCCUGUUCGAUUACCUGAAGGUAAAACAGAAAAUCAAGAGAUUAUCAGAGCUUUUACAACUGGUAGAGGAACAUUCCGUAUAGACACACGAGGGGCCCCUUUUCGAAUUGACCCAAAUAGUGGUAUCGUUACGGCUGCAAAAGAUUUUGAUUUUGAAGAUACCACACCUAACAGAUAUGAUAUUACAGUAGUAACCAGUAGUGGACUUUUAGGUGCAGAAAGCGCUGACUUUACUGUGAUUAUUGAUAAUGUCAAUGAGCCCCCAAAGUGCAAUCCGGAUUUCCGGGCAAAGAGAGCAAAUCGAACAAUCAAUGAGAAUUUCCCAAUGUAUACAUCUAUUUAUCAAGUACCAGCAGUAGAUGAGGAUGGGGAUAGCCUGACGUAUGCUGUUCUGUCCCAAGCAUCAGGCCCAGCUCAAAAUGGAAUAUUUUUUGAUGUAGAUAGAAGGAUGGGAUUUGUAUUCCGAAAUACAUCGACACCUCUGGAUUUUGAUGCAGGAUAUGAGGAGUUUAGGCUCUUACUUUCAGCAACAGAUCCAGAUGGUCUUUCCUGUGAUGGAGGACUUGUUAUCUAUAUUGUAGACUUGAAUGAUGAGCCUCCAGAAUUUGUUAAAAUUGAAAAUGACACAAUUUAUGUUCCUGAAAAUACACUCAUUGGAUCCAUAUUGGAAGUUUUUGAAGCAAAUGAUAGAGAUGCUGAUAGUCAAAUCAGAUAUGGCUUUCCAGGGACUACACCAAUGUUUAGAAUAAACCCAGUUUCCGGUGCUCUAACUUUGCUUCAACCACUGGAUUAUGACAAUCCUGAUAACCACAAAGCAUAUACCUUAGUUAUUUCUGCUACUGAUGGUGUUCAUGAAACUUUGUAUAACAUCCAGGUUAUUAUACAGAAUGUGGAUGAGCCACCAGAAUGUGACCCUGCCUUUUCUACUGGGACAGGAAUUACUUUAGCAGUUCCUGAAACAUUCCCUGUAUUAACAAAGCUUUACACUAUUCUUGCUGAAGAUCCAGAUGAAGGAGAUGAUGUAAAAUUUGAAGUCACUCAUUCUUCUCCUGAAUCUGAAACCUAUUUUAUGUUGAAUUCUGAUACUGGCAUUAUUUCCACAACGGAUGAACGUUUGGACUAUGAAUCAGACCCAAAGAAAUUUUUAAUCUCUAUCAAGGUGAGAAAUGUAAAGCCAAAUCCGAUGUCUUGCACAGGCUUAAUAACAAUCACUCUCCAAAAUGAAAAUGACGAAGAGCCUGUUUAUCAAAAUUUACCAGAUAAACCUAUUGACAUUCCUGAAAAUCUUCCUCCUGGAACAGUUAUACUAAAACUACAAGCUACUGACCGAGACAUUGGAGAUAGUGUACACUAUGAAUUUUUUACAACUUACCCAGGGCUAUUCAUAGAUGAUGAUUCUGGAGAAAUUAAAAUAGCCUAUUUAAUGGAUUAUGAAGAUCCAAACAUUGUUCAUGAACAGCGACUGGUUGUCCAUGCAUUUGAUAAUGACAGAGUCCACAUAACAGCAGCAGAGUUAAUAGUGAGACUAAUCGAUGUUAAUGAUAACUAUCCUCAAUGUGAAGGUUACCCCAAUAUGAUUCAAGUUGCUGAAACAACUCCAAUAAACAGCCCAUUGCUGCAAAUCAUAUGUGUGGAUAGAGACUUAGAGGAACCAAAUAAUGUCCUCAAUUAUAAGCUAAAUCUUCCUGAUGAGUUUUCAGCAGAUAAAUUUACUCUUAUAGGCAAUACAAUUAUUGCUGGGCCAACAGCUUUAGAUUAUGAUGACCUGGAAUUUGCUGCUAUGCAGUUUAGGCAUAUACUACUUAUUGAUGUUUCAGACUCUGGGACACCUUCUCUAACAAGUACAGUCACUGCAAUUAUAAGAGUUACCCGUGUGAAUGAAUUUGAUCCAAACCCAUCACCUAAUGUGUUUGAAGUGCUUGAAAACAGUCCAGUGGACUCGCUGGUUGGAAUAACCAAAUUCGCAGACAUUGACUGGCCAUUUGAUAACAUCAAGUUUACUUUUGCUGGUGGUGAUUAUGGAAAUCCACCAAAGUUCUACAUAGAGCCAGACACAGGUAUUAUCAAGGUCCGAGAAACACUGGAUUUUGAGAAGAAAAAUAAAUAUUCAAUAACAAUACAGGCAACUGACCUCAACAAUGAUGUAGAAGCAGACCCCCUACAACAGAAAAGCAGUGUAGCCAUUGUCACCAUUAAUAUAUUGAACGUGAAUGAUGAGCCUCCUGUCUGCUCUCCUGCCUAUUAUGAGAGAAUAAUUUAUUCUACACAGAAAAUACCUGUACUACAACUACAAUGUUCAGAUAAGGACUCAACUGAUGAUCAACUUAGCUAUGCAAUAGUAUCAGAGAAUAAAGCUAACCGUUUCAUUCUGGAGAGGGAUGAUGAUGGUCCUCCUUCUAUAGUACCAACUCAAAACUUCCAAUAUAAUGUUUUUGAGGGCAUUCAGGAUCCAACAGUUUUCCAAUUGUUGAUUGAAGUUACAGAUGAACAUGAAGGAAACAAAGCUCUUCAGCUGUCAACAACAGCUACUGUAAUAAUCUAUGUGGUCCCCUGGACUACCACCAACCCAACAACAACUCUUAAGCCCACAACAAUGCAGGAGACAACAGCCGUGAUUGUCCGAACAUCUUAUUUUUGGCAUCCUGAUAAUUGGUUUCCAGCUGUUAUUACAAUUAAUGCCGCUCUUUUUCUCUUGUGCCUGUAUGCACUGGCAUGGGGUGUCCUGAAAGAUGUUCCAAAAUACUCAAAAUUUUUUCCAAAAUGUCAAAGUAUUCAAGACCCUAAACCUCCCAAACCUCCUAACAAUCAUCCAAACAACAAAAGCAUAAACAACCAAGAGUCAACUAAGAAUGAUUCACAAUCAAAUGAAAACCAAAACUUUCUGCCACAGUACCCUGCUCCACCUAUCUUUGAUGGGCGUGCUAUUGACCCAGUUUCUGGAAACCAUUUCCUAUUCAACAGUUACACAGGAGAAACACAAUGGGUUAAGUGAAGGGCAAGAGAAUUAUCUGCGCAAUGUCAACUCCAAAUACAUCAGAACAUAUUGCAUUUUGUUUAAUUUUCUGUAGAAUGUGAGGAUGUAUUAUGCUUAAAUAUGGUAUUCCUUUUGCCACAUAACUGUUUCUGUGUGUACAAAAGGGUUUUAACAUGGAUCAUAAUUUUGCAACUUAUAUAGAAUAUUUACUUGGUACAUAUCAUUGUAGUUUGUAUGGCAAAGUAAAAUAUGUAUUAUUCUAGGUUUAGAAUUUGUUCUAUAAAUAAAACCAAAUUUUCAGUGCAAUUAGUGCAAGUGCGUUACCUUUUUACUGUAUAAGAUACAAAAUGUGAAAAUAAUUCCAAACCAUUUUCAUUUUAUUCCUCCAACCAGGAUAAUGACACAAGACAGGCCAAAUGCACAUUAUUGGAUUGAGGCAGAGAUAAAUGUCCAUAAUAUGGCUCUCUCAGAAGUGUAUGAGCUCUCUCUGCACCUCUAUGUGCCUCUGAUUUUAUAUGGAUCCCCAAAGAGUAACUCCAAGAGCAGCUACAAAUUCAAUAGGAAUUUACCAAAACAUUGGGCAAAAUGUACUAUUGUAAAUGUGCCAGAAUUUUGGCUCAAUUUGUACUCACAUGACCCACAUUUCACAGAAGUUUUAGAUGUUUUGUGACACUUUUGUGCCUCGUCUAACAAAGAGGUGUGGCUUGAUGUAUAUUAGGUGUGACUUUACAGGAAAGGGACAUGGCUUCUGAGUGUGGAAUAACAUUUUGGAGUCAAGUAAACUAAGACUAGACAGGCUACUGAUUCACCAGAUGUAUGAAACAGCCUGAGCCAGAAGAGACAUGCAUGCUUUUAAAGGAAAGUGCCAAUCAAGUUUGAUAGGUCGUGGCACAAAUGUAUCUCUGUGCAGAAUUCCAAAGUGUGAACAUAGCAUAUACAUGGCUUGUCUUAUCCUGGACAA